AUGGUUGAUGAUAUUAAAACUGCUGAUCCUAGUAAUGCGUUAGUCAAAUUUGCUGACGAUUUGACGUCAGGAGUGCCUGGCAACGAAAGUGGUGACACAUCUCGAUCUGAAACUGCCUGUUUACAGGAUUGGGCGGAAGAGAAUAGAAUGCCCUUAAACUUGGAAAAAACGUACGAAAUGGUUGUUCGAAGACACACCUCUGUAGUUUUGCCUGAGCUUAUCCCUUCAAUUAAGCGAAAAACAUGGCUAACGCUUUUAGGAGUUACUCUACAAGAUAAUCCGUGCAACUGGGAUUUGCACUUCGAAGAAAUGCUCAAAAAAGCAAGUGGACAAAUGUAUAUUAUGAGAGUUUGCAAAUACUAUGGCCUAUCAAUUAAACAAUUAGAUCUGCUGUUUGAUAGCCUAAUUAUGUCGAUAUUCACUUUUGCUAUUGAGCUGUGGGGUUGUGCAUAUGACGGUAAAUAUUUGAACCAAAUAGAUAAAUUCAUUAAACGUGCACAUAAGAAUGGUUAUAUAUCAAAACGAACACACAUUAAAGAAAUACGUGAUAAGAGAGAUAUGAAACUGUGGAACAAAAUAACAUCAACUGAGGACAAUGCAUUGCUUGAACUGCUGCCGGAAAAAAGAAGUAGGUUACUUAGGCCUAGAGGGCAUGAGUAUGAACUCCCCCUAGUGAGAACAGAAAGAUUCAAAAGGUCGUUCAUAAAUCGUUGUCUGUAUAACUUUGUUUAG